UAUAUGUAAAUAUGUAGUUGUCUUCAGACACCAGAAGAGGGCAUCAGAUCCCAUUACAGAUGGUUGUGAGCCACCAUGUGGUUUCUGGGAUUUGAACUCAGGACCUCUGGAAGAGCACUCAGUGCUCUUAAUCUCUGAGCCAUCUCUCCAGCCCCGAUCACCAUCUUCUUAAUGUGACACGGGACGCACUGGUCUCUGUCAGUCUUCUAUGUUGAUUCUGAGGCCUUUCCCCCUGGGUCUGAGUGAUUCGUCAUAGCAAAUAGUAUUGGGGAUUAAUGCUCUAAUCUUUACUCUUGAGUCUUGACAGUGUGUUAGCAUUGUCUGAAUGCUCUUGAGUUUGCUUCUCUAGCUAGUCUGACUUUGGCUAAUCCAUGCUUGUUCACACUAGGUUAGAUCAUCAGUUUUCUUUAGCUACAGGAAGCAUUUAAGUUCUGACCUGUAUCCUUUAUAUUUUGUUAUUUGUUGAAGAGACAGUGUAUACACUGUUGAAAAAAGUUCAGUGGUAGAAUUCUUACCUAAAAUGUUUGAGACCAUAGGUUUCAUCUUCAGCACUGCCCAAAUCGAAAAUGGGCAAGUUGGUUGAACAAUGUGUGUAAUGUCACAUAGGAAAUUCAAAGAAUGAAGGGUGUUUAUGGAGUGGUUUGUUACAGCUUUCCUCUAGAGGUUAGAGUUGUACCUCAGACUUGGAGAGCCUCCCUGGCAUGUAUAAGACCCAGGCUUGGGUUUAUGGCAUGGCCAAUAGCAAAACAAAUUUCUUGGAAGGCCUGAUUAUAUGUAUGUAUUCACUGAAAAAUAAGCGUUUGAUGCUUUACUCCCGAAGUGGUCAAAUGUUUAUACACUGUAACAUGCUUGCCUAGUAAUGUCUCUCCAUACUUGGAAAACAAGGAAAACAAUUGUUUUCUCUGGAAAAGGAAGGUGGUUGGGUAAGGUUAAAACUGAGGAAGCAGUGCUCGGCCUUCCUCUAUGUUGCUGUUUGAAUGUUCUCUUGUUUUGCCUUUUUCUCCCCCACCUCACAGUUUUGAGUGUUUUUGCUUUUGUUUUUGUUGUGUGUACAUGUACACAGACAUCCAAGUACACAUAUGUAAUAAUAAAAUUUUUUUUUAUGAAGGUACUAUAGUUUAUUCCCUGCCAAGUGAAAUCUGAUUAGGGAAUGACUGUUAAUAGACUUGGAAUUACUUUGAUUUUUAUAUUUAUGUGCCUGGUGCAUUUGGAGGCCAGAAGAAGGCAUCGGAUUCUUUGGAGGUCAGAGCUGGAGUUCAAGCAGUUGCAAGCUGCCUGAUGUGUGUGCUGAGAUUCAGACUUGAAUCCUCUGCAAAACCCACAUGCUCUUAUCUACAGAGCCCUUCUAACCCUACUUUUUGAGAGAGAGUCAUAGCCCAGGCUGAUUUUGGACUGAUUAUAUAGCCAAGGAUAGCUCUUUGAAUUCCUGGUCCUCCUGCCUCUGCUUCCAAAUGCUAGGACUACCAAAGUGUAUGAUCAUACUGGCAGUGGUACCUAAUUGUUUGUUUUUUUAAAUUUCUCUCCCAUUUUGUUUGAGAGAGACAGGGUCUCUGUAGUCCUAACUGUCCUGGAACUGGCUGUAUAGACCAGGCUGGCCUUGAACUCCAAGAUCUUUCUGCUUCUGCCUCCUGAAUGUGAAUUAAAGGCCUAUGCCACCACAUAUGGCUUCCCCUAUGUUUAAAAUACUUGGGCCAGACAUGUUGGCACACACCUUUAAUCCCAGCACUCAGAAGGCAGAGGCAGGUGGAACUCUGAGUUUGAGGCCAGCCUGGUCUACAGAGCAAGUUCGAGGAGAGCCAGAGCUACAUAGUGAGACCCUGUCUUCAAACAAACAAACAGCCAAAACUAAAUAAUAACAUGAAGCAAACUCCUGUUUAUAGAAUUGCUUGUCCUGGUCUGUUCUUCACUUUCAGAGAAAAAUGUAUAAACAUCUCUUAAUUUGGGAAGGAGUGGGACUGGAGGAACAAACAUAGGAGUGGUAACCAGGGUUACAGAUAGAGCUAUGAUGGAAUGCUUGCAUAACGUGUAGAGGCCUUGGACAAAAAGUAAAGCAGUGUCUCGGCAUUUAACCUGGCUUAUAAGGACUGCUGCAUCUUUUUGAGGGUAAAGGAUGAAGUUCUGUGAUAGGCUUGCCUGUGUGCUCCAUGUGAGACACUGAAAAACAAAGAGGAAAGGAAAGUCCGUUCCCACACAUUGACUUUACACACCUGAGAGUCCAGGAGCUGUCGUUUGCUUUUUGUAUGUAAAAUUGAAAGAGACUUCAGGGCCUCGAGAGAUGGCUCCAUAGCUAAGAGUGUUGGCUGCUCUUGUAGAGGAUCUGAACGUCCCAGCAUGCAUGUCAAGUUCCUAGCAGGGGAUCCAACAUUCUCCUCUGGGCAGCAGCAUGCACGUGUGCACAUAUGCACAUACACAUAUGAAUAAUACUAAUGACUCUUUAAAAAGACUCAUUAAGACUAAUCCUUUUCAUUCUGCCAUUUUGGCUUUCCAAUUCUGUUCUCGUACUGGCUAUUUUCUUUAGUAUUUGGAGUUUUCAGGUGUCUGUUUUUGUUGAGUUUUUCUAAAAAGAAUCCAGAGUGGUACAUUUUCUCCUUUCUUGAGUCUCUAGCUUUUUGGUAACACUCAAGUUGUAGUUGCUAUCCUUUGGCAAAAUUAUCCCUAAAAUUUGAUGUUAACCUAAGGUAAUAUAGGUAUAUGUAAAACAGCGGUAAGUUAAGAGGACUUACUGAGUAGACGGAGCGGUCCAUUCUGUGAUCCUACACUUCCAAGGCAGAAGCAGGAAGACUUCAAGGCUACCCGGACUACAGAUGAGCUGUUUUCCCCGUCUCAGAAGUACCAGCUUCUGGUGUAUCAUGCAGAUUCUCUCUUUCACGAUAAGGAAUACCGCAAUGCUGUGAGUAAGUAUACCAUGGCUUUACAGCAGAAGAAAGCCUUAAGUAAAACUUCAAAGGUGCGACCUUCAACUGGAAAUUCUGCAUCUACUCCACAGAGCCAGUGUCUUCCAUCCGAAAUUGAAGUGAAAUACAAAAUGGCUGAGUGCUACACAAUGCUGAAACUGGACAAGGACGCCAUUGCUAUACUCGAUGGGAUCCCUUCAAGACAAAGAACCCCCAAAAUAAACAUGAUGUUGGCAAACCUGUACAAGAAGGCUGGUCAGGAACGCCCGUCGGUCACCAGCUAUAAGGAGGUCCUGCGGCAGUGCCCUUUGGCCCUUGACGCCAUUCUAGGUUUGUUAUCCCUGUCUGUGAAAGGUGCAGAGGUGGCAUCGAUGACAAUGAAUGUGAUCCAGACUGUGCCCAACCUGGACUGGCUGUCCGUGUGGAUUAAAGCAUACGCUUUUGUGCAUACUGGUGACAACUCAAGAGCGAUCAACACCAUCUGUUCGCUAGAGAAAAAAUCCUUACUGCGAGACAAUGUGGACCUGCUGGGGAGCCUGGCAGACCUGUACUUCAGAGCAGGAGACAACAAGAACUCAGUCCUCAAGUUUGAGCAGGCCCAGAUGCUGGACCCUUACCUGAUAAAAGGGAUGGAUGUUUAUGGCUACCUCUUGGCACGAGAAGGGCGGCUAGAGGAUGUGGAGAACCUUGGCUGCCGCCUUUUCAAUAUUUCUGAUCAGCAUGCCGAGCCUUGGGUGGUCUCCGGAUGCCACAGCUUCUACAGUAAGCGCUACUCCCGGGCCCUGUACUUAGGCGCCAAGGCCAUUCAACUGAACAGCAACAGUGUCCAAGCUUUAUUACUCAAAGGAGCGGCGCUUAGAAACAUGGGAAGAGUCCAGGAAGCUAUAAUACAUUUUCGGGAGGCCAUAAGGCUUGCGCCUUGUCGCUUAGACUGUUACGAAGGUCUCAUAGAAUGUUACUUAGCUUCUAACAGCAUCCGAGAGGCCAUGGUGAUGGCCAACAAUGUUUACAAAACUCUGGGUGCAAACGCUCAGACGCUUACCCUGUUAGCCACCGUGUGUCUGGAAGAUCCAGUGACACAGGAGAAAGCCAAAACCUUGUUAGACAAAGCCCUGGCCCAGAGGCCGGACUACGUCAAGGCCGUGGUGAAGAAGGCAGAAUUGCUGAGCAGGGAGCAGAAGUACGAAGAUGGAAUUGCUCUGCUGAGAAAUGCACUGGCCAACCAGAGCGACUGCGUCCUGCACCGCAUCCUGGGGGACUUCCUGGUGUCUGUGAAUGAGUACCAGGAAGCAAUGGACCAGUAUAGCAUAGCACUGAGUUUGGACCCCAAUGACCAGAAGUCCCUGGAGGGCAUGCAGAAGAUGGAGAAGGAGGGGAGCCCCACAGACGCCACUCAGGAGGACGACGUGGACGACAUGGAGGGCAGUGGGGAAGAAGGGGACCUGGAGGGUAGCGACAGUGAGGCAGCCCAGUGGGCUGACCAGGAGCAGUGGUUUGGCAUGCAGUGAGGGCACAGCGGUGACCCUUGUGUCCCUAGAGUGGCAGGAGCUGUUGGACGUGUGCUCACAGCAGGCCUUUCUGCCUGUUUCCUCAAGUUGGCACUGAUGUUUGUCCGUCUGCUUUGCUGUGGACUGAGCGAGUUCCGAGCCACAGACUCGCCAUUCUGGAUGGUUCGGCUGCACGAAAUGGAAGAUGCUUUUUCUCUUUAUGAGCGGGUACAUAGGACUGAGCCAUCCUCUUAAGAGCACAUGCCCCUGGGUGGCCCUGUCAGAGGUUCGGUCCCUGGGAGUCACAUCCUGGUACGGCCACACUCCUGUAGUCAUGGAGCUCUGGAUGGGGGGGGGCGGGCUGUGCCUCACUGACUGCAGAGCAGGCUCGGCCUCAGUGGGCAGAUCUGAGAAGCAGAUGAUGGGAGCAUGGCCACCCCAGGGCAGGUUCAACUAAUAAAACUGCCCAGUGUGGUGUCACAUGUCACAGUGGACACCCUUUGAGACUCUUCCUUUUUCCUCCUUGUCAGAGGCAGCCAUGCAGGCCUAGACAGUUUGACAUACAUAUACUCCCUAUUCUCCCAUGUGCUGGGAGGCAGAGCCCUGAGCUUGUCACACAGAACCAGCCUGGCUCUUUCCUGAGUCCCUGAGGGCAGGGUCAGCCUUGAUCAUCUGCCUAGAGUCUCAUUCAGCUACUGGGGAUGGGUCGACUCCAGGUCCCUCCUGGGUGCCUUUCAAGAUGCAGAUCGGUGUGCUAGGAAGAAAUGAGGUUUACUGUAAAGAAUCCGUAGUCGAUUUCAGAGCAUCUGUCAGUGCAGUGAAGUGGGCCACGUAGUCUGGUGGAAACAUUCCGGAAGCCUGCACUUGGGAGGCAGAGGCAGACAGUUCAAAUGUGCUGGGCUGCACUGCAAGAUUUGCAUUAAGAGACAUAAGUUAAGCGGACCAGGUCUCAUAAAGUGUGUCAGUGAGCCUCAGCCUCCACACUAGCCGGCCCUGAGCAGUCUCAGGCUCCCUUUGAGCAAGCAGCAUGUGGGUGGUGCUUUUCCUGACUCCACCCCGCCAGCAGCCCCACUCACCAGUCAGUGCUGAGAGAAGGCAAAAUCUGUUCAGCCACAAAUUGAACCCAGUCUACCCCCUGUCUUCAUGCCAGACGGGAUCCCCACAGGUCAGGGUGGAUGCCCAGUGUCUGCAGUGUGCUGGAAUUCCUCCCCUUCUUGUGUGUCACACUCAUUGCUACCAGGAGCCAGUGUGACCUCUCCAUUCCAGCAGCACCCAGCUGGACCCCUCAGGUCCACCUUAGACUGAGGUGGGGAGCACCUCUCGGGUGUGAAAAUACUUGGCCCCUCAAAGGAUAGUGUUGGCUUUUCCAUGGUCACAACAUCAGGAUUGGGAGCCCUGUGGCUGUCCACUUGAACAUCGUGCUCCUAAACUAGAUAAAGUGAAGGUGUCCUUUAA